ACAUACACAUAUACAUGCAUCAUAAUCACAAUUUAACCGUAUCUUAUAUUGUUGGAUACAUAACUAUUUACAUUUUAAUCAUAUCUCAUUUAACAGACUGUAAACUUGUAAAGUUUCACAUGCCAUCAUAAGAAAAUCUCAUGUUUUAUCUUUUUAUACAAAUAUACGCAGAGAUAUUUAUGCGGAAGACUAGCUAUAUCAGUUACUGUUCAACCAGAGAGUUAUCACAUCAUAAUAAUGAUACAAUUUCACAGUUGUUAUUGAAAAAUAAAAAUAGUAAAAUGGAUCUACCUGAAAAGGAACUACUAUGUAAACUAGAUGACGUUGAAAAGGGGUCGUUAACCAACAAAUACACACAUCGACUGUGCAGGGCUACCCAAAAAAGAAAAUCAGGUAGGCGAAAAACCGAACGCGUCGUCUUUAAAACAGGACAAUUUAACUUAGAAAAAUGGAAGAACUCGAAAUGUCGUGUGUUCCCUGACAUCGUGCAAGCUGUCAUCGAUGCUCAGUGGCGAUGGACUAUUGUGUACAGCAUCCUCACAUACAUCAUCAUUUGGCUGGUCUUCACGGGUAUUUGGUGGAUUAUCUUAGAGAUGCACGGCGACUUCGAACCAGAUCACUUGCCACAUGUCACUAAUUCCACCUGGGAGCCUUGUGUUCGAGAAAUCUAUAGCUUCACAUCCCUCUUCCUUUUCAGUAUUGAAAUCCACACAACAAUUGGGUAUGGUAGCAGAUCAAUCACAUUGGAAUGCCCUUCCGCUAUGUUGACAAUGUGCAUCGAGAGCAUACUCGGUACUAUCACACAAUCUUUCAUUGUUGGCAUAGUAUUCGCUAAAUUGACAAGGCCAAAGAAUCGAGCACAUACGCUUUUAUUUUCGAAGAACGCCAUUAUCAACCAAAGAGAUCGCAAUCUACGUUUAAUAUUCAGAAUCGGGAAUACCAGGAAAUCAAGGAUCUUAGCUGGCAACGUCCAGGCUUACCUAAUCAGGCAUAGUCCUGUCGAUGUGUUGGAGAGCCAAAUAAAGUUGUGUCUGUCCAUGGAUUCUAGUGAGAAUAUCUCAUUCAUGUUUCCUGUCUGUGCCGUCCACACCAUAGAUGAGGACAGCCCGUUUUAUUCAAUGUCCGCUUCUGACAUAAUAAAAGCAGAUAUCGAAAUCCUCGUAGUGUUUGAAGGCACUAUAGAAUCAACUGGCCAGCCUGUUCAAGCGAAGUCAAGCUACACCAACCAAGAAAUUCUAUGGGGUCAUCGAUUUCUGGAAAUGGUCGAGUACAGGAAAGAAAAAUAUGGAUUUCUGAUCGAUUAUGCAAAGUUUAAUGAAACUUAUCCUAUUAGUACACCACUGUGUUCAGCUAAACAACUUAAUAAUUUUUAUGAACAUAAUUUAAGGAAAUUAAAAGAUAGUAUUCGUUGACCUUACUGUACCUAUUUUUAUCUUGGUUUUUCAAAUGUGGGUUUAAUAGAACUACUAUUUUUCUCAGUUCCAUUAGAUCCUGAUGCAUUGUCUUCAUCGAAGUAAUUUCUCUCUCGAGGGUUGUUACCAUUAAUUCUGAUGCGAUUAGUUGUGCUCUACAGUUCCGCAAGCUCGCAUCGAUUUUCAAAAGGAUUUUUUCAUUUGUUUCACAUUGUUCCUUUAAAUAUUGUAAUAUGAAGUCAGUCAUUGCUUUAUAAUUUUUGUUCACUUAUCACAAACACUGUUUUUCCGUCCGAAUUAAUUACAUUUAACUCCAGAACAAAUGUAGUGUUAAAAUCUGUUUACAAACAACAAAACUGACGUAAAGUUGGAAAAUAAGUAGGUAAAAGUUUUAUCUGCUCCGUUCUUAGAAGACGGUUGGUGCCUAAGGUGUGUCAGCGCUGUGAUAAGAUUUUAGAAUCGCAUGACACAAACCCACUUCAAGGUUGUUAUAAUAAACAGUGUCAACGAUGCUUCUAGCUAAUUAUUUAUUUUACUUACCUUUAGACAAAUGAGCGUUCAUAAAAAUUUAAAUAAAUUACCUAAGUAUGUAGGUAUAUCCAUUGUCGUGUGCGGCGUAAUUUUUUUUUUUGUGGUGUGAUUUUAGUUUUUCUAUUUUCAAUUAGG